UGAACACCUACCUCUUCAUGGUGCAGGCUCAAGGCAUCCUGCUGCGAGACAAUGUGCGAACCAUCGGAGCUCAGGUGUACGAGCAGGUAGUCCGCAGUGCAUACGCCAAGAGGAACAGCAGCCUCAAUGACUCAGAUUAUCCUCUUGACUUGAACCAGAGUGAAACCUUCCCCCCAACCACGACAUUUCUUCCUGAAGACUUCACCUACUUCGCCAACCACCCUUGCCCGGAGAGGCUCCCUUCCAUGAAGGGCCCAAUAGACAUAAACAUGAGCGAGAUCAGAAUGGAGGACAUUCACCAGCUUUUCUCCAGAGACCCAACCAUCAAGCUCGGAGGCCACUGGAAACCUUCAGACUGUGUGCCUCGGUGGAAGGUGGCAAUCCUCAUCCCCUUCCGGAACCGUCACGAGCACCUCCCAGUCCUGCUCCGUCACCUGAUCCCCAUGCUCCAGCGCCAGCGGCUGCAGUUCGCCUUCUAUGUGGUUGAGCAAGUUGGCACCCAACCCUUUAACCGAGCCAUGCUUUUCAACGUUGGUUUUCAAGAAGCCAUGAAGGACUUGGAUUGGGACUGUCUAAUCUUCCAUGAUGUGGAUCACAUACCAGAAAGCGAUCGAAAUUACUACGGCUGUGGACAGAUGCCCAGGCACUUCGCAACUAAGUUGGAUAAGUACAUGUAUCUGCUUCCAUACACUGAGUUUUUUGGUGGAGUGAGUGGCCUGACGGUGGAACAGUUUCGGAAAAUCAAUGGCUUUCCUAAUGCUUUCUGGGGCUGGGGAGGAGAAGAUGACGACCUGUGGAACAGAGUACAUAAUGCAGGCUAUUCUGUGAGCCGGCCCGAAGGAGACACAGGGAAAUACAAGUCUAUUCCUCACCACCAUCGAGGAGAGGUGCAGUUUCUGGGAAGGUAUGCUCUGCUGAGGAAAUCAAAGGAGAGGCAAGUGCUGGACGGUCUCAACAACCUGAACUACUUUGCAAAUAUCACAUACGACGCUUUGUAUAAGAACAUAACUGUCAACUUGACACCCGAGCUGGCUCAGGUGACUGAGUACUGAGAUGCAGAGAGAAGCCGUGUUCACUUACCCAUCACCCCCUCGGAGGCGCCCUGAUGCGCCAGCCUGGGGGUCAACACAGGAUGAGGACAGGAAGAGAGGAACGCAGGACCACCGGCUUCCAGGAAACUGUGACAGAGCACACGCACAAACGCCUUUUGCUGUAGGGCCCACUGAGACAGGCAGCUCGGGGACACCAUCAUCAGCACUGGCUUCUAUUCCACAAGACAGAUGUCUGUCCUGCUGCUCUUCUGUCCCUACCCCAAGAUCCUGUCUCAGUCACAACCUCCAGAACCCCAGACAAGCUGAGCUGUAUGCCCCUGUGAACAGAUUGCCGGUGGAGCCCAGAGGACGCCCCGGCCCGGCCACGCUGGCCAGAAGCAGGCAGACCGCCACACCAUCCUUAGCAGCUCUGGUGUACUCUGGUUUCCUAUUUUGAAAAAAAUUACCUGCUUUGGGUGGGGACUGAGGGUGGAGGGGAGGGGUUUGGGGGACUAGACACAGAACAGUCACUUCUUGAAGAAGUACAGUUGUAAAUAAGCCAUGUAGAAUGCCUUUCUAAAAUUUAAUUUUAUAGCUGGCUCCCUUCAAAGUGAGGACUUACUUAAUCCAUCAGAUCAUUUACUGGGGUGGCAAACAAGAGCUCGGUUAAGUGCUGUCCAAGAAUGUCCUUCCCAAAUUGCUGUCACUUUGGAAGGGAGUAGAUUCAGGGCAUGUCACGGGCUAACAGAGAACACCCCUUCCCCUCCCAGAAAUCUUGUUCAGUCCCUCACUGUGGUUUCUCUCCUCCCAGGACCUCAGCAGCUAAAGGGGAGCUCCUGGUGAGGCACACUGCUCUCCUCUCUCACAGACCCUUGCAGGUGGCAUGUGGUGCAGCCUGUCAACCCAGCAUGGGAAACAGAGGCAGGAUAGGCAGGUUGAAGCCAGCGUGGGCUACAUAGCUAGUUCCAGGCUGAUCUGCAGUACACGGCAAGACCCUUGGGUUCACUGUGCAUGCGCUCCUACUCUCUGGACUUGGCUUUUUAUCCUUACACCUCACAGAGGGGCUAUUGGGUGGUUCUCCCCAACUUCUUUCUUCUUUGGAACUUGGCCAGCUUCUGAAAGCUGUGCCUGCACGGCCACUGGCCUUCAGUGAUUCCCGUUUCCGUUUGGUCUGGAAAGAUGCCAUUUCCUUCACUCUGUUCCGUGUUGUGCUAACAAACAAUUUACUGGAAGACUUGAGCCAGGAAGCAGGUGGCACUUGGGUGCUGUGUGUCAUCUGGGGUCCAGGUGAGAGCACACCAGGGGUUUGACAGGUAAACUGGCAGAGGUGCCUCUUUCCAGAGCCAAAGUCCCGGUCUGUGUUCAUCCUCUUCUGCCGUCCCUCCCAUUCAGGAGCAAGUGCGUCUGUGUGCAUUGUGAGGAGAGCUUUCUGGAGGACCAUGUUCUUGUUAUUGCCUUUCACCUUCCACGCCCUUGAUGUUUGUGGUUCUACAGGGAUGUGGAGGGUUGUAUAUAUGCCGGGGUUGGGGUUUUUGCGUCGCACAAGUUGGUUCCAUGGACUUAUGAUCCCCACAAACCGUGGGAGUGAUUGGCCAGGUCUCUUGUUUUUCUGCUUGUGUUUUUGUUGUUUUUGAAUAAUAGAGUGGUAUCUAGGAAACAAGUUGCUUUGCAGAGUGCUUAUCGGCUUGUAUGAGAGAGCAGGUGGCUGCCCUUGAGAAUGCUGGUGAGCUGUAUCUGUGUGUAAAUGCUGGGCAAGGAGCCUCACGCCGGAGUGCAUCUGACUUGCCCUUGUCCUAUGGUACACAGAGCAAUAAGGACUGUCCCCUAGCCCAGUCUCGGCCCUCUUACCUUCUCUCUUGUUACUGUUUCUGCAGUGCUGGGAAUAGAACUGCAGGGCUCGGCCUCAUGCUUGGCCCAUGCUCUACUCAUCCUCCGUGUCACGGAAGGCUGGGAGCUGCUUUCUGUGACAGGACCCUGUGUGCUUUGGAGGGAUUUCAGGACACUGUCAGCAAGUCUCCCCUUGGAGGCUCUGCGUUCUCAUAAUUGCCACAGGGUGCAGAGGCUAAUACUUAAAGAAUAAAACGAUGAUUUGAGGACAGAAGGUCUCUUUUUACUGCUUAAAGUAGGGUCACUUAGAUUUUCUUGGAAUCAUGUCCAAGUUUGUUUUACAGUGUGGACUCUUAAGUGUUCACUGUGCCUCCUUUAUCCACCAAGUUAAAUGCCGAAUGGGAAAUGUCAAAGUCUAGACCAUACUGCCAGGCCACAUGGUAGAGACAAAAAAAAAAAA